AGAUGCUUUACUGAGCGGUCAGUGGUCGGUGGUCAGUUGAACCUGACCGUUCCAUUGCCAGAUUCAGAUAUAGCCACCGGUUUUAAAGCUCUACUGCGUUUACAUCGUGUGUGCAGUUCUGUUUUGCUGGGCUCCUCGUGUUCUGCUUGAUUUAUUGAUAUUGAUUUGUGUGCCUUGUAUUUUUUUUUUUAAUUUUCGCUGUGUUUCUGAUUGCCAUACGCGCAGUGAAUCGGGGUGCACUCGAAAAAAACAUAGAAACGUAGACGUAAUCCCUUAUCUGGCAAAAUUCUGGCAAAAGGUCGUGUCGAAGGUGGAUUCGUUGGAAGGUCCGUGCCAUGAGCAUUAGUCGUUUAAUCAAUACAUGUGAUUAGCGUAAUUACUGCAAGUUAGUUUACCGCUUACAAUCAGUGUGUAAGCAGCAGCUCUAUCCAAAUCAACAGCACUCUGUCCUUAUCAUAGAAACAAAUCCCCAACUCAGAUAGUUUAGCAGGUUUACGAUAUCUGCGAUAGCUAUAAAUAUCCCGUGUACUACUUAGUAGAGUGACAGAACAGAGAUUAGAGACGCCCAAAAAAAGGUGAAUCAACCGAUCCAACCUGUCCAUGUUAUGUUUUCCGUUGGAUGGUGAAAUACUGAAUCACUGUCUUCAAGAAGAUAACCUUGAAUUUUCCACACACACACACACACUUGGCCUUUCUAUGCCAGGAGUGACUGUAGCUCAUGUUCAGCAUCAAUACUCAGUGAAUACAUACCAAGCGCUUGAAGAUGCCUCUGAAUUGGUUCCUGCUCCUCGGCACUUUGGUGCUCAUCAGCUGCUCCGCUGUGAAAGCAGCCGCCAUGGUGGGUCGUGCCUGCAAUGUGACGGCCACCAUGCCGGGGAUCUGCAGCACCUCCGCCGAUUGUGAGCCCGUGAUCGAUGGCUACAUCAAGUCGGGAGUCCUCACGCUCAACGAUGUGCCCAGCUGUGGCCUCGGCGCCUGGGGUGAGAUCUUCUGCUGUCCCACCAAGCCGUGCUGCGGGAAUAGUACCAUGAGCACCAUGAGCUUCACCACGAGCAAAAGAGCACCAGUGGCCAAGGAGGUCCUGACCAGUGGUCGUGUCGAUGUGCCCACGCCAUUUGGAACAGCUGAUCGUCCAGCAGUGGCAGCCUGCAAGAAGAUACGCCAGCGAACACAGCAGAGGAGGGGCAACCAAUUGGUCAUACACAUCGUGGGCGGUUAUCCGGUGGAUCCGGGUGUAUAUCCCCACAUGGCGGCCAUUGGUUACGCCUUCGACAGCGAAUUUCGAUGCGGCGGAUCGCUAAUCGCCAGUCGCUUCGUCCUGACCGCCGCCCAUUGUGUGAACACCGACGCCAAUACGCCGGCCUUUGUCCGCUUGGGUGCUGUGAACAUUGAGAAUCCGGAUCCCUCCUACCAGGAUAUCGCCGUUCGAAGCGUUAAAAUCCAUCCGCAAUAUGUGGGGCAUAAGUACAACGAUAUCGCCGUCUUGGAACUGGAGCGUGACGUGGUCGAGACGGAUAACAUACGGCCCGCUUGUCUUCACACGGAAUCCACCGAUCCUCCCUCGAACUCCAAGUUCUUUGUCGCCGGUUGGGGCGUCCUCAAUGUAACCACUCGGGCGCGUUCCAAGAUCCUGUUGCGUGCGGGUCUGGAGCUGGUGCCGCUGGAGCAGUGCAACACAUCCUAUGCGGAGCAGCCAGGUUACAUACGGAUGCUUAAAGCGGGCGUCAUCGAUUCCUUGGUGUGUGCCAUUGAUCAAAGGCUCAUUGCCGACGCCUGCAAGGGCGACUCUGGUGGACCGCUCAUCCACGAGCUGACCGCGGAGGACGGCAUGUACACCAUCAUGGGCGUCAUCUCGUCGGGAUUCGGAUGCGCCACCGUCACCCCGGGCCUCUAUACCCGUGUCUCCUCCUUUCUGGACUUUAUCGAAGGCAUCGUUUGGCCGAACAAUCGGGUGUAAAGAGUUAGCAAGUUCUUUGUUUUUUUGUAUAAUAUAUUAUUUCUAUUUGGGAUCAGCUCGAUCCCACAAAAUUGGCAUACACUCCUCUGUGAUCUCUACGAGCUUCGCGAUCCAAUCGAUUUAAUACCAAUAAAGUAGAUACGUUUUAAGAUAGAA